AUGGAGACUCAGCAUGGGUUCAAUCCUCCAGAAGUCGCCGACAAUGCCGGUUCUUAUCAAGCGCUCCUUGAAGAGUGGCUACGUACACAAAAAGCCCGUCGCCGUAGUCGAAUCGGCAUCUCUUUUCGCAACCUCCAGUGCAUCGGUCGCCGAGCGUCGGAACAAUAUCUAGACACGUACAUAUCGGCUCUUACGAGACCAUGCCGAGCCAUACGGUCGCGACAACAAGUUCAGAUCUUGUCUGGAUUCGAAGGCUUGAUACUCCCAGGGGAGAUGCUUCUGGUUCUGGGACGCCCUGGCAGCGGGUGCUCAACAUUCCUCAAAACGUUAUCAGGAGAUACUCACAGCUUCAAUGUCGGGGCAGGAUCAGUCAUCAACUAUCAAGGUAUUGCUCAAAUCAACAUGUACCCGUCCCAGGCUGAAAUGAAUAAGCUCAAAUUUUAUUUAACAUGCACAGGAACUUCUUUCAAAGAAAUGCACCACAACGCACCCGGGACUUGUAUCAACCUUGGCGAACUCGAUGUCCACUUCCCGGAGCUGACUCUAGGUCAGACCUUGGAGUUUGCAGCUUCCACUCGGCCCAGCCACAACCUGGCUUCUGAGCAACACAAUGAUACGCAGAGAGCAGAGGGUACGGCGCGCGUGAUUGCCUCGCUGUUCGGCCUGAGUUCCGGAUAUGAUACGCGGAUAGGAGAUGCCCUCAUCAGGGGUGUGAGCGGUGGCGAAAAACGACGGACAAGCAUUGCCGAGGCCUACAUUGGCGGAGCACAGGUGCAAUGCUGGGAUAACAGCACUCGAGGGCUGGACAGUCUAACGGCCCAGCGCUUUAUUGACUUUCUCCGACGUUCGACGGACGUGCUGCGGUCUACGGUUGCCAUGAGUCUAUACCAGGCCUCGGAAUCCAUGUACAAGCAAUUUGAUAAAGUAAUGCUCCUCUAUGAGGGUCGUGAGAUCUACUUUGGGCCCAUAGACGACGCUGCAGACUAUUUCACAGCCCUCGGCUUCGCCAGGCCCAUCAAUGCAACCACUCCGGAUUUCUUGACAUCCAUGACGAAUCCAGCGGAGCGUGUUGCUCGAGAAGGCUGGGGUAACCGGACGCCGAGAUCGCGGGACGAUUUUGUCUCGGCGUGGAACAUGAGCCGUCAGGCUAAAUCGCUCCGAGAUGAGAUUGCAGAGUUUGAGUUGGCAAAUCCCAUCCGUGGCAGAGGUUCUAGCCACUUGACUGACAAGGAGGCCACGGGGGAUGUCGCAAGCCUGCCGCCAUCCACCUUUUCCCUCUCAAUAUACAAACAAAUCAUGGUGUGUCUUCGACGAGCGUAUCAACGCCAGCGCAACCACUUCGUUCCUGUUGUGUCAAUGCUGGCUGCCAAUGUCAUCUUGGGCCUCAUCAUUGGAAGCGCAUACUACAACCUCGACGAAGGCUCCGAUAGUUUGUUGCCGCGUUCAACCCUUCUUUUCUUCGUCACCAUGUUGAAUUCCUUCGUCCCUGCGUUUGAGGUCGACCUCAUGUACGCGCAACGGCCCAUCGUGGAGAAGCAGAGUCAAUAUGCCUUCUAUCACGCCUUCGUUGAGCGUGUCGCAUUCAUGAUAUUGGACUUUCCCGCCAAAGUAGCCCUGUCAUUCAUGCUCCAUCUUCCGAUUUACUUCUUGACAAAUCUUCGCAGAACCGGAGAAUCCUUCUUUACCUACUGGCUGUUUAUGAUGGUCAAUCUGCUAGCCAUGGCAAUGCUCUUCCGGAUGAUAGGGUUCCUCUCGAGAUCCCGAGAUGGGACACUGACGCCAGUUUCUAUUCUCACCCUCUUAUGUGUGCUAUAUACAGGAUACGUUGUCCCCCCGCCGUACAUGGUUCCCUGGCUCGGUUGGUUCCGCUACAUCAAUCCCAUCGCCUACACCUACGAAGGGGUCAUGAUUAAUGAACUACGCCAUCGCCAAUUUCUAUGCUCAACCACUAUUCCAGAUGGCCCAGACUACCGCAACAUUACGAGUGCGGAAAAACUGUGCAUGGAAGUGGGUAGACUUGCUGGAACAGACUUGGUGGAUGGAACUGAAUUUCUCAGGCUGAAAUACGGCUAUGUCGAAGCCCAUAUGUGGAGAAACAUGGCCAUUCUGCUUGCCAUGAUGGUCAUCUUCUGCAUCGGCCAUUUGUUGGCAGCGGAGUACAUCCCGGCCCAAAAGUCGCGUGGAGAGGUGUUGUUAUUCAAGAAGCCUCUUCCGAAACUUGAAUGUAGUGAGGAGACGGGCAUUUCGGAGUCUGAAAUCGGCGCAAUCGAUGCGAAUUUAGGCUCCAAGACGCGUGGACAAGGUGCUCAUACCGAGCCAGAUGUGACGACGCCCAUGCAAAGAAGCCGACAAACUUCAACUUUUCAAUGGAGUGAGAUAUCGUAUGACAUCAAGACUCGUGGGGGUAACCGACGACUAUUAUCAGAUAUCAGCGGAUGGCUGAAACCAGGGAGUCUCACAGUUCUAAUGGGUGCCACGGGGGCUGGAAAAACAACCCUCCUUGAUGUUCUGGCCGCGCGAGCCUUGCGCGGAAAGGUUCAUGGGACAAUUUUCGUUGAUGGUAGGCCAAUAGGCGCCACCGGUGACUACCAGCAAAGAAUGGGAUACGUGAAGCAGGACGACAACCACCUUCCCACCUCGACUGUUCGCGAGGCACUGCAAUUUAGCGCACUGCUGCGGCAGCCGAGCACCCGGUCAAGAUCUGAAAAACUAGCCUACGCGGAAACUGUGUUGAAGAUGCUUGAUAUGGAAGCCUACGCCGAGGCGGCAGUCGGUGUUCCCGGCGAAGGCUUAAAUGUAGAACAACGCAAACGACUCUCCAUCGGAGUUGAGCUGGCUGCCAUGCCGGAUCUCCUUGCUAAUUUGUUUAUAGAUGAGCCAACAUCGGGUCUCGAUAGUCAGACAGCCUGGUCAAUCUGUACGCUCUUGCGCAAGCUUGCAGACAAUGGCCACACCAUCCUAUGUACUGUUCAUCAACCUUCGGCACAGUUAUUCAACCAGUUUGACCGUCUUAUUCUCCUGAGAAGUGGCGAAACUGUCUACUUUGGAGAUAUCGGGCCAGAAGCCACAGUUCUAAAAGAGUACUUUGAGUCGCGGGGAUCGCGGAAGUGCUCGAUUGACGAGAACCCGGCAGAGUGGAUGAUGGAUGUAAUAGAAGACUCUACCAAGCCUGCCGAUGACCAGCAAGCCUGGUCUCAAAAGUGGAAUUCUAGCACGGAAAGACAAGAGGUCCUCGAUCAGCUUGCAGGCUUUACGAACCAGCGCGACCACCAAGCUGUCGUGCCAGCAGAUGCGCGGCGGCAGAAUCAAGGAGGGUAUGGAGCGACCAUGCUUCAUCAACUGCUCAUCCUGGUGCAGCGAACAUUUCGCGACCAGUGGAGGAACCCGAUUUAUUUAUACACAAAGACGGCCACUUGUUUCGGAUUAAGUCUAGUGAACGGAAUCUCAUUCUACAAAACCGAUAGCGACAUCCAGGGUCUCAUCAGCCUUUUAUUUUCAUGUUUUCUGACCUGUCAGUUGUUUAGCAUCCUCUCCAUGCUCAUCAUUCCACGCUUCAUCAGAGCACGGCAUCUAUUCGAGGUGCGAGAGCGCGACUCCAAGCUCUACUCGUGGGUUGUCCUGGUAGCAGCCAAUUUAAUCGUCGAGGUUGCCUGGUUUACGCUCAUUUCCGUCUUCAUCUUCGUCUGUUGGUAUUACCCCACGGGCAUGUACCGCAACGGCGAUGCGUCCUUUGGCGUGAUUGAGCGCGGGGGGUUGGCCUUUAUGCUCCUGUGGCUCUUCAUCAUUUGGAGCUGCACCAUCUCUCAAGCCUUUGCGGCCAUCAUUGAGGAAAUCGAAACGGCAAUCCAAAUGUCGACUCUUUGCUUCUGGCUGAGUCUUGUAUUCUGCGGCAUCUUGGUGACACCGGAUCACUUGCCUGGUUUCUGGACGUUCAUGUAUCGCGUCUCGCCCCUCACCUACUACCUCGAGGGCAUUGCCAUUGCGGGCAUCACGGGGAUUCAAGUACAGUGCUCUGCCGUGGAGAUGCUUCAUGUCCCCCUUCCGCCGGGUUACGGGUCGUGCCAAACGUAUCUUCAGGCAUAUAUGCGGGAUACAGGAGGCUAUGUUGUGAAUUCUGAGAGCGCGGACGGGCCAUGUGUGUUUUGCCCUGUCUCCAGGGCCGAUACCGUGCUGCAAAGUCUCGGAUUGAGCACGGAUAAGAGUACUGCUUGGAGAAAUGUUGGCAUAUUGACUGGUUAUAUCGUUUUUGAUGUAAUUUGUGUCUUUGCCUUGUACUAUCUUUUGCGGGUGCCUCGGUUCAAGGCCCAGAGCUCAAUCAAACGGUAG